AGGGGACCCACGUGACCCCCCGGGACACCCCUCCCCCCUCCCCCCCCCCGGGACCGGACGGCACCGCCCGGGAGCAGCGCGGACCCGGGCCCAGCUCCCCAAGCCCCGGCGGCUCGGUCCCGGUCCCGGAGCCAUGCGCCUGUCGGCCCUGCUGGCCCGGGUGGCACAGCCGGUGAUGCCCCGCGGCUACCGGCGCGGCAUGAACCGGCCCGGCUCGCUGGCCGAUAAGCGCAGGAACCCCCCGGGGAUCAGGCGCCGCCCCGUCCUCCUGGAGCCCAUCGCCGACGACGACUGGCACCUUUUCUGCGGGGAUACGGUGGAGAUCCUGAUUGGCCACCACAAGGGAAGGCAGGGGAAAGUGAACCAGGUCAUCCGGGAGCGAAACUGGGUCGUGGUGGAGGGUCUGAACACGCAUUUCCGCUACAUCGGCCGUACGGAAGACCACUACGGGACCAUGAUCCCGAGCGAAGCCCCGCUGCUGCACGACCAAGUGACGCUGGUCGAUCCCACCGACAGGAAACCGACGACGAUCGAGUGGAGAUACACAGAGGAGGGAGAGCGGGUGCGGGUGUCCACGCGGACGGGUCGGAUCAUCCCCAAGCCAGAGUUCCCCAGACCCGACGGCAUCGUCCCGGAGCAGUGGAUCGACGGUCCCAAGGACACGAGCGUGGAGGCGGCGCUGGAGCGGACUUACGUGCCCAGCCUGCGAACCCUCGGGGAGGAGGUGAUGGAAAAGAUGGGGAUCGUGGAGACGAGGAGGCCGAGGAAAGUUUACUGGUACUGAGCCCCUCCACGGGACCCCGCCCGCUCGCCCGCCCACAGUCCCUGUCCAAUAAAGAGAUGCUUCUCCUGGU